UUGGUAAGUCCUUCAAAUUGACGGUACUUCUCUCUCUACAUCUCAGAGCGGCGCUCAUAUCUCUCUCUCUCUCUCUCUCUCUCUCUCUCUCUCUCUCUCUCUCAGGAUGGAGAUGGCUGUCGAAUCAGGCCAACCCGCUGGAGAAACGUGUGUAGAAACUCCCUAUAAUCUUCAAGGCAAGCCAGCUCUCACAUUAUUCUUCAAGGAGGAUGUCGAAUCAGGCCAAUCCGAUGAAGAAACUUAUUUUGAAGACGGGUUAGAGCUCCCAUUAAUCUUCAAGCCUGUCGAAUCAGGCCAACUCGCCGGAGAAACGUGUGUAGGUACUCCCGAUGAUCUUGAAGGGUUUGAAUCAUUGGUCGCUGCUGCCUUGCCCCCAAAAAAAGCGGCGAGGAAAGCUUUCUUUAUUGAUUUGCCGGAAGUGGAACUGCUGGGAUUCAUUCCAACCAAUAAUACUGCUCCAGGCCCUGAUCCUCCUGUAUUGUCUACACUGAAAUCUGUCCGACAAUUAGCUGAAUUUGCUGAUAUGAUCAGGGUUGAGUUUGGUACUAUGGCAGACUUGCCUUGUGGUUUGACUGUAGAAGACUUUAUUGGUAAUACCCUGUUUGGCCAAGUGUAUCGGGGAAAAAUAAUUCAGCAACGAGGCUUGAACAACAUCAAAGAGGCUAAUGUUUUGGUGAAAGCAUGGAACUAUCGUUUGUUAGAAGUUAGAAGCCAUGCUAAACCUGAUAACAGGUUCUGGAGACAAAUUGCUAAAGGAAGAUUCCACGAUGAAAUGAAGCUACUGAAAGCAUCAUCGCCCUUGUCACGCCAUGAUAACAUGGUGAAGUUAAUCGGAAGCGGUCUUGUAAAUGGGCGGCUGGCUGCCGUGUAUGAGCUAGAUCCACUGGAUACCCUGCGUAACCUCCUUCCUCGAGAUGACUUUGGCUGGUUUCCACGAGUCAAGGCUGCAAUUCAAUUUGCAUCUCUUAUUGAAGCUUUUCAUUCUCAAAACCUCAAGCUUCGCAAUAUCUGUGCAGAUAAUUUAGUGCUUGACAAGGUUUUCCAUGUGAAGUUAGUUGACUUCGGUUUGCUUAUUGGUGGAGAUUUUGGUGCAAUUCCCCUGUUUGAAAAAGUGUGGGGGUGCUAUGGCUAUGUGGAUCCAUGUUAUUCCGAGACAGGUAAAUUCCUGGAUAAAUCGGACGUUUUCUCGUACGGUGUUUUACUUUUGGAGCUUGUAACAAAAAGAGCUGCUCCAGAGGAGGAUUUUCAUCUUCACGUUUGGGCCAGGGGAGAGUAUGAAACCAGGCCUAAGAAGACCCAGUUUAGGAAGGAGUGCCGACGGUGUCCCCCCGUGCUAGAAGUGCAUGAAAGCUUGAGAGGCAGUGUGUGGUUUGAUGCAAAAGAUGGAGCUGCAAUCAUUGAAUUGGCAUUGUGCUGUGUUAGUCGCAACCCAGUCGAACGACCAACCAUCAAGGAAGUAGUUGAACGUUUGCGACAGUUAGAAUUGGCCAAGAGGAUGAACCUGUAAGACCGGGUUAGAUUGGAAUUAAAAUUAAAUGGGGCUUGGUUUGCUUCCAAAUGGUUAUCCUACUGUAACACAAGCCAGUACAUGUUGAAUUUAAGACUACUGAAUGUUACACUUGCAUGAAUUUCAAGUACAGAUAUUUGGCGUUAUGUCAUCUAUUUUGAUUA